UCAGUCGACAAGAAACCGUUACUGCGUACGAUCGUGCGAAAAAGCUCGGCGCACUUGGAAAAAUCGUACGGUAAUUAGUUAGCCGAGUGCCGGCGAGUGCGAGCGAGAGAGUAGCACAUUUAAUCACGCUGACAGCCAGCUUGUCCUGCAAGGGUGUGGGUGGCACACACGGCACACACAACACACACACAAGUGCGCAGCCGUCGCCAGAACGCAAAAUCGAAUCAGAAAUUGCCGUCGCCAAAACGCGGGCUUCGUGUUUGCUCGUCAACAGCAGCGCAGCUUCCAAUCGCUGCGCGUCCGUCGCGUCGCUUCAUUUUUUCAUCCGUAUCAAUCAGUGAAGGCAGAGCAGCAGCGCCCCGUUGUUGUUGUUUGUCAGCUUGACAGCGACGGCAGCGCAGCAGCAGCGCACCGGCAGAGCACCGCAGCAGAGGCUAGUGACGAAGGAACCCGGCCAGCGGGAUUCAAUCGCCUUUGGACUUUCGUUCGAGUAGUGACGACGAAUCCGGAUGAGAAGACGCACGCAUCGCGACCCGCGGUUCCGCCAGAACAGUGAAUUCUCAGUUUAAAACGCGUUUUUGGGGGAGGAUAGAACGAGUGUUUUCCAGGCCGCCAUCAUAUCUAGUCAAAGAAGCAGAGGUUUGAUACUCUCGAACGCAAAUGCUCGAUCAAGACUGAAACAUACGAGAAACAUACAACUACAAAUGGUUCAACAAAGUAUACGUAAAACUACCACAAGCUAAACAAAAUAUACCACAAAAAUAUAUUUAUUACCAAAACUAAAGAUAAACUAUUGCAAAUAUUUACAUUAAACGGUAUUUAAUUCACCAAAAUUACACUACAUACAUAAUGUAAAGCCAGUUACUUAAAUCAACAAACCUUAACGAAGUAUACGAUUCAAUGCAAUUAAUAAAUUAAAUUUAAAUCAACACAAAUUAGGAAUUAAAAAUACAAACGCCUCGAAACGUCAUUUUUUGUCUGACAUACGAAAGUUUAUAAAUUACAAAAUCCAAAAAAUAUAAAUUAAUCAGUUAUACGCUGCAACAACAACAAGUUAUACUACAACGUACCAAGUGCAAAACAAUAGAUUAUAUGAUCAUUGUGUCAAACUAAAGUUAAGUUCCAAAAUCCAACUAAAAUCCUCGUUGUUUGCUCCAAAAAGAGCAAACCAUCCAAGUUCCAGCAAACCGUCAAAAUUCAGCAAAAUUUAAAAAUGUUACACGAGGCUCUGAUGCUCGAGAUCUACAGACAGGCGCUAAAUGCCGGAGCUCUGCCCACAGCUCGACCACGUUCCACUGAGUCGGCGAAUUCCAGCGAGCGGUGUCCGUCACACGACUCAAACUCCUCGGAACAUGGUGGUGGUGCUGGCAGCGGCGGAGUAGGUCAUCGGUUGGACGCAGCCGCUCUAUCAACCGGGGUGAUGCCCGGAGAAGGGCCCACCACUCUGCACUCAUCAUUUCCAGCAGUUCCGCAGUCCCUGCCCUCCCAGCCGCCCUCAAUGGAGGCGUACCUGCACAUGGUGGCAGCAGCCGCUCAGCAGUAUGGAUUCCCUUUGGCCGCUGCUGCAGCGGCUGGGGCGGGUCCACGGCUGCCACUCCCACUCGCUAAUGAGGCGGCGGCUCCAUUUAAGCUUCCCCCACAGGCUUCGCCCACUGCAUCGAGUAAUAACUCGGAGGCUCUAGACUUUCGCACCAAUCUUUAUGGAAGGGCGGAAUCGGCUGAGCCACCUGCCUCUGAGGGCGAGGAGGAGGAAUUCGAUGACGGUGCCAACAAUCCACUCGAUCUCUCUGUAGGUACCCGGAAACGGGGUCACGAAUCGGAGCCUCAACUUGGUCACAUUCAGGUUAAGAAGAUGUUCAAGUCAGACAGCCCACCCGCGAAUUCCGUGGCUUCACCCUCAGCCAGUCAACUGUUGCCAGGAGUUAAUCCUUAUCUUGCCGCUGUGGCAGCCGCCAAUAUUUUUCGAGCGGGUCAAUUCCCUGACUGGAAUAGCAAAAAUGAUUUGGUUGUGGAUCCGCUGGAAAAGAUGUCUGAUAUUGUAAAGGGUGGAGCGAGUGGAAUGGGUACCAAGGAAAAAAUGCACUCCUCCAAGGCCACAACACCACAGGCAGCAUCUCAGCCGCCAAAAAGUCCGGUUCAACCAACACCCAACCAAAAUUCCGAAUCCGGAGGAGGGUCCGGAGGCGGUGCUGCUGGUAGUGGCGCAGUGACCAAAGCGAGGCAUAACAUUUGGCAAUCGCACUGGCAAAACAAGGGUGUGGCCAGUUCGGUGUUCAGAUGUGUGUGGUGCAAGCAGAGUUUCCCUACCCUGGAAGCCCUGACCACCCACAUGAAGGACAGCAAGCAUUGCGGCGUGAAUGUACCACCUUUUGGUAAUCUGCCAAGCAACAAUCCUCAGCCGCAGCACCACCAUCCAACUCCACCUCCACCGCCGCAGAAUCAUAACCUCCGAAAGCAUAGUUCAGGAAGCGCUUCCAAUCACUCACCAUCGGCAAAUGUCAAGAAUGCAUUCCAAUAUCGAGGGGAUCCACCCACGCCACUACCACGAAAAUUGGUUAGAGGCCAGAACGUUUGGCUUGGCAAGGGUGUGGAACAGGCCAUGCAGAUCCUUAAGUGCAUGCGGUGUGGAGAGAGCUUCCGAUCUCUUGGCGAAAUGACAAAGCACAUGCAGGAGACCCAGCACUACACGAAUAUCCUAUCCCAGGAGCAGAGUAUAUCUAUCAAAUCAGGGAAUGCCAAUGCCAACUCAGAUGCCAAGGAGAGCCACAACAGUCUGAGUUCCGAAGAAAGUCGCACUCUCAGUGCUGUCCUCACAUGUAAAGUGUGCGACAAGGCUUUUAAUUCUUUGGGUGAUUUAAGCAACCACAUGGCCAAGAACAACCACUAUGCAGAACCGCUCCUACAGUCUGCGGGAGCACGAAAGCGACCAGCUCCUAAAAAGCGCGAGAAGUCCUUGCCAGUACGCAAACUUUUGGAAAUGAAGGGCGGAUCAGGAACGACGCAAGAAGAUCAUUCAAACGAAAAAACCUCGGUGCAAGGAAAACCAGGCUUGGGACCUGGUGGAGGCGAUAAAAACGAUGCUGCCCUUUUUGCCGAACGCAUGCGACAGUAUAUUACAGGGGUAAAAGCUCCAGAAGAAAUUGCCAAAGUAGCUGCUGCCCAACUCCUAGCGAAAAACAAGUCCCCAGAGUUAGUGGAGCAGAAGAACGGCGGCAGCGCAAAGGCUGCCGGUGCCUCGUCUGUUUUAAGUGCCAUUGAGCAGAUGUUUACAACCAGCUUUGACACGCCACCCAGACACGCCAGCCUGCCAGCUAGUAGUCCAUCCAACUCAUCCACCAAAAACACUUCGCCCGUGGCCUCCAGCAUACUGAAACGAUUGGGGAUCGAUGAAACUGUGGACUACAACAAGCCAUUGAUUGAUACCAAUGAUCCCUAUUAUCAGCACUAUAGAUAUACAAGCAGCGAAAGGAGUGGCAGUGAGUGCAGUGCAGAAGCCAGGCCUAGAUUAGAUGCACCGACUCCCGAAAAACAGCAGCAAGGAGGAGGGCAUGACGAGGAAUCUUCAAAGCCAGCAAUAAAACAAGAAAGGGAAGCGGAGUCGAAACCUGUUAAAAUGGAGAUCAAGUCUGAGUUUGUUGAUGAGCCAAAUGAAGCCGAGGAGACAUCCAAAAUGGAGGCAGCUGUGGUAAAUGGAAGUGCCACCAAUAAUAACAAUAAUAUUGUGGAAAGGAGUUCCCCAAAAACACCGUCUUCGGCAGCAAGUCCUCAGACAAGGUUGCUACCUCCCCGAAGCCCUGCCGAGAGUCAGAGAUCAGUUACUCCUAAAUCACCCGCUUCGAGCCACAAAUCGUACGAUGGGAGUUCGGAAGGCACAAAGAAGUUUCCAAGUGAUUCCCUCAACGCAUUGUCAUCUAUGUUUGAUUCCUUGGGUAGCAGUGGGGCCGGUGCUAACUCCAGAGCUAAGCUAGCAGCCGCAGCUGCUGCUGGAGGAUCAGAAUCUCCAGAGAACCUCACCGCCGGGGGGAACUCCUUGGCGGCCUUGCGACAAUUCUGCGUGAAGAAGGAGAAGACCGCCUAAGUCCGCGAGCUGAGACGAAAAGAGAAACCGAAUCAUUUGCCUUGUUUUCGUUGUUUCGAGCAAAACGCAUUUUCAACAUUUUUUGGUUUGUCAGCGCCUUGCCUUCGCCCCGAAUCUAAACACCCUCCCCCAGCGCCAGUCGGGGUUUUGAGUUCAGGGUGGCUUUGGCCUGGUGAACCGAGAUUCAAGUCAAAGUGCCACGGAUAGAGCCACUGGAUGCAUCUGUCUUUAAAAGUAUGGCGGGCAUGAUUUGUUUUAACUGGACAAAGGAACAAGUAUAAACAGAAGAAUCCGCCUUGGAAACUGGGAAAUUUUGCGAUGAUUGUGACGAUUGUGUUAACGACUGUACAGAAUGGUAUAAUACUCGAUACAGUGAGGGUGCUAUCUUGGCCCAGCAUGAUUCCUGCCACGUUCAGUUCCACUGGCCCUUCAGCAAGCCCUUAGGCCUACUUUUUCAAGGAUAGAAAUCAGAAAGCGCCAUUUGAAUUCCUUGAAAGACUGGUUCUAUCUGCUGAUCGGAGAUUGAACGGAAACUGGACGAACCCUACACCCGAAAACACGAGUCCUUGUUGGGGAUGUCACAUGCCAAGGCGAAAAGAUAUAAAAUUGGAUAAGAAAACAUUGUGAUCAAAUACAAGAUAAAAGUUUUUAUGC